GACCGGACAGGAACCUGAAAGUUCUCUCUGCAAGGGGCCCCCAGUGCUGGGAGGCUGGAGCUGGGAGCUGGAGGCAGGAGACAUGAACAAAAUCUUCCCCCAGGGAGAUGACAAUGGCAGUGCUGCUGCUGGAACCAAAGCCCUCCCUGGAGGGGAAGGCUGCGGCCCCUUCUGCUGCUCGCGCCAAGGCGCCUGCCUCUCAGCCUUCUUGCUGCUCCUGCUGGUGACCCUCGCAGCCCUGAUCGCCCUGGUCACUCUCCUUGGACUCCCUCCGCGCACACCAGGGGCCCAGAUCUGCGUGACGCUGAUGAACAGGACGGGCUUCCUGUGCCACGACGGAAAGAGCUGCCUCCCAGCCAGCAGGGUCUGUGAUGGCGUCCGCACCUGUGCCCAGGGCGAGGAUGAGGAUGAGGCCAUGUGCCGGGACAUGCCCCGGAGCCUCCCCAGCUUCCUCGUGGCCCGCUGUGGAGACCCGUCUUCUUGGAUCUACUCGGACCAAAAGUGUGAUGGGGUCAACAACUGCGGGGACUGCUCCGAUGAGCUGAGCCCAGUGACUGCAUGCCCGCCCUGUGGCCCUGGCUGGUGGCGCUGCCCCUCCACUGUCUUCAAGUACUGUGGCUGCAUCCCGAGGGUCCUGUGCCAGGACCACACGCAGCACUGCUCCGACUGGUCUGAUGAAUACUCCUGUCCUGGACCCUGAGCAGGCCACCCAGGCAAGGCUGGGAGCCUGGCUGGCACAGCACUCAUAGCCCUUCACACGAGCAUCGCAUCCAAGAACACGCGGGUGGGAAGGAGGCUGCAAGAUCAUAUUGUGGGAUCCGGGCACCAUCGUCUGUGAACCAGAAUUGCCUCUCCUGGAGGCGCCUGGGGGCUCAGUCGAUUAAGGCUCUGACUCUUGAUUUCUGCUCGGGUCGUGAUCUCAGCGUCGU